AUCCAAACGCAAGAAUCGAUAUGUACUCAUUAUUACGCUGGCCACUUCGAUUGCUAUCGCUGGGCAGAGGAAGAAGCGAGGAAUUUGCCUUGAAUUUGCCAAGAUUUUCGGAUUGCAAAAUGUCGAAGAGUGCAUUGAUUAUCCUGGCACCCGGUGCCGAGGAGAUGGAGUUCACCAUAGCCGCCGAUGUGUUGCGACGUGCAGGCAUAACUGUAACUGUUGCGGGAUUGACUGGAAGCGAACCCGUUAAAGGCUCUCGCGAUAUUUACAUUGUGCCUGAUAAAUCGCUCAAGCAGGCAGUGGAUGCGCAGCCCUACGAUGUUGUUGUCCUGCCCGGCGGAUUGGGCGGCUCGAAUGCCAUGUGCGACUCCCAGGCAAUUGGAGAUUUGUUGCGCGCACAGGAAUCGGCGGGCCGUUUAAUUGCAGCGAUUUGUGCGGCACCAACAGCACUGGCUAAACAUGGCAUUGCCACCGGCAAAUCGUUGACUUCGUAUCCGGCCAUGAAGCCGCAGCUAAUCGAUAAAUAUUGCUAUGUGGACGAUAAGAAUGUGGUGCAGGAUGGCAAUUUGAUUACCAGUCGUGGACCCGGCACCGCCUUCGAGUUCGCCUUGAAGAUAUCGGAGCAGUUGGCGGGCGCUGAGAAGGCCAAGGAAGUUGCCAAGGGUUUGCUUUUGACCUUCAACGAAUAAUGCUCCUAAAUCAUCUCAAUGUUCUAAGCAUAUAGAAAAAGUAGUGAUAAUAAAAAAAUAGUGCACAAAAACGACAA